UAAGAACGAAAUCCAUGGAAACUUUAGUACAAUAUUGACCAAGAUUGUGUAACAUACAACUGACACGUGCCUCCUUCUUCUUCUUCAACUGCCAUCAUCAAAUUUUACACUUCACUCUCAUUCAUUCUUUUACAUCAUCAUUUUAUUCUAAUUUCUGCAUUUCUAAAUCUUCAUCUUCAUUUUACAACAUCAUCAAUAACAAGGAAUUUGUUGAAAGGUAAUCUGUUGUGAGGUUUGUAUAAGGAUUUUAUUGUUUCGCGAUGCGAGGAAGACAACGAGUCGCAUCAAGGGAAUUAUUAAUUGUGCAUGAUAGUAAAGAUGAUAAUCUAGUGCGUGUACAGAGUGCCAAACCUUGUUGGCGGCGCUCUUUGCGACAUGUAAUAGUGGCCUCGAUUUCCUCAUUCUUAUAUGGCUACCAUAUUGGAGUAGUCAAUGAAACCUUAGAGAGCAUUUCUAUAGAUCUCGGCUUUAGUGGGGAUACAUUGGCUGAAGGUCUUGUAGUAAGUAUAUGUUUAGGAGGUGCUUUUAUUGGAUCUUCUUUCAGUGGGUGGAUUGCAGAUGGGGUUGGGCGUAGAAGAAGUUUCCAGCUGUGUGCUUUGCCUAUGAUCAUUGGAGCAAUAAUGAGUGCAACAUCAAAAUCUCUCUGGGGCAUGCUUUUGGGAAGGUUUUUUGUUGGUACUGGACUGGGACUUGGCCCGCCUGUUGCAGCUCUUUAUGUGGCUGAGGUCUCACCUCCAGCUGUACGGGGUACUUAUGGGGGCUUAACUCAGAUUGCAACAUGUCUUGGAAUCAUGGGUUCUCUCUUUAUAGGAAUCCCUUCAAAAGAAAUAGUUGGUUGGUGGCGGAUUUGUUUUUGGAUAUCUGUCAUCCCUGCUGCUGCACUUGCUCUUUUCAUGGAGAUCUGUGCAGAGAGUCCUCAUUGGCUUUUCAAGAAAGGAAGAACCGUUGAAGCUGAGGCUGAAUUUGAGAAGCUCUUGGGAGGACUACAUGUGAAACCUGCGAUGAGUGAACUGACAAAGUCUGACAGAGGUGAUGAGUCCGGCACAAUGAAGCUCUCAGAAAUAUUGUUUGGCUGCCAUGCCAGAGUGAUGUUCAUUGGAUCUGCGCUUUUUGCUUUGCAGCAACUGUCCGGCAUAAAUGCUGUGUUCUAUUUCUCUUCAGCUACCUUUGAAAGCUUUGGUGUAUCAUCAAAGAUUGGAAACACAUGUGUAGGAAUAUGCAAUUUAUUGGGUUCAGUUAUUUCAAUGAUUCUGAUGGAUAAACUUGGAAGGAAAGUGCUUCUCCUUGGUAGCUUUUUAGGCAUGGCAGUAACAAUGGGUCUACAAGCCAUUGCUGCAAGUUCUUAUGCAUCUGGGUUUGGAGCAAUGUAUCUAUCCGUAGGUGGCAUGUUGCUGUAUGUGCUAUCAUUUGCUCUUGGUGCUGGUCCAGUUCCUUGUCUCCUCAUGUCCGAAAUAUUACCUGGCAAGAUCAGAGCCAAGGCAAUGGCAAUAUGCUUGGCUGUGCAUUGGGUGAUAAACUUCUUUGUGGGGCUAUUAUUUUUGCGCAUGCUGGAACAAAUGGGAGCACAACUCUUGUAUAGUAUUUUUGGUUCAUUUUCUUUGUUAGCUGUGAUUUUUGUGAAGAAAUAUGUUCUGGAAACAAAAGGGAAGUCACUGCAGGAAAUUGAGAUUGCACUUCUUGCACAAGAAAUAGUCUAAAUGAGCUGAAUAGGAUCAUAUGGAUGAGGUAUAGGGAUAGAUUUCCAUUUGUUGAAUGAGUUAUAGAAACAUUUUUGGUGAAUGAAAAGAUAAAGAAAUUACCUCUUUAACAUGAAAUUUUGCCAUUGUAUUAGCUUAAAUGUUAAGUUUUGGUAUGAUGACUUGUAAAACAAGUAAGAGACUGUACAACAUGAGUAAUUGUUCUAUGUUUGAUUUAAAAUAUAAUUGCAGGACUAGACAAAUUAAGGGAUGA